AUGGUCAGGCUUCUAAGAAUUCUCAUGCUCGGACUCGCAGUCUUUGCCGCCGCUUCACCGACCGUUUCAGAUGCUGCCCCUGAAGACCACUUCCGAUACGGCUCACGAUGUGCUCCUGUGAAGGGGAAUUGCUCGCCAGCCUGCGGCAAAUACAACUUCGUGUUCGCGGGUUUGCCAUGGAACCAUCCUGCUAUAGCAGCUAGCGGGUUUACCCCACAGCAGGUUGAGGCUGGUAUCCGGCAAGACAUGGCAGCGAUUGUGAGGGCUGGCUAUAACAUCAAGGCUGUUCUAUUCGGGCCUGAAGAUAGUUUAGACUUUCUCUCAUCGGAGUUGAAGGGUGUUGACUGGACAGCAGUCGGCGUUGGAUUCGGUAUUCGAGGAAGCCCAUUUCCAAACAUCACGCGCCGAUUCAUGGACAUCAUCCAACUUUACCGCGACGAGACCCCUCGUGAACGAAUUCUUUUCAACUACUCUCCCGUCACAUCUCUGUGGGCGAUCCAGCAGUACUUUCCACUCCCUAUGAAUUGCACCGAUAAUAUGGGAAAAGACUUGGUGAAUGCCAUUUUCAAGUAA